CGACCACGGCCCGAGCAGCAGCGGGACCAGGCCGGCGGCGCCGCCGCGGACGCGGGACCCCCCGGGGCGCCGCCCCCGUUGGAGGUGGCCUGCCCGUCGCCGCCGCCCGACGGGGAGGCCCGGGGCAGCGCCGGCGCCAGCGGCAGCGGCGGCGCCAGCGCCGGCGGGCGGUGGGAGCACGACCUCUGGCCCGGCGUCGAGGCGGACGAGGACAGCCAGUGGGCCUGCGCCGCCUGCACCUUCCGGAACCACGCCGCGCUGCGGGCGUGCGAGAUGUGCGAGACCCCCCGCCAGAGCCCCGCGGCGCCCGCCAGGGAGGCCCGUGCGAGCAACGUGCGGACGCUGCGCAUCCCGGAGGGCCCGGAGCGCCAGUGGAUGUGCGCCGUGUGCACGUUUAUGAACCACCCGGCCAUCGAGGCCUGCGAGAAAUGCGACGUGGGCCGCGGUGCCAAGGCCUUCCUGGCCUACCUCGCCGCGGCGAGGGAGCGGCCGCAGGAGUGA